CUCUACAUGAACGUUAGCAAUGACUUGACAGCUACAUGCAGAUGUAUAUAAUAAUAUAUAUAACAAAUUAAUAAUAUGCUAAGCGUUGACAACACGGUUUUUCUAUAUUAAGACCUUUCUAUGCAUGUAGUAAUAGCUGAGUGGCUGAAAAUUAUGGCUCUUCAAGGAGAAGAAGAGCAGCAGCCAGCAGAACCGGUUGCCAUGGCAGUGGUAAUGCCUCCACCUGCUUACAAUGAGGAACAGAUGCAACAGACAGAAUAUACAAACUAUGGAGACACCAAACUGCCAUCUUACACUGAUGCGACCAACCUGCCAUCGUAUGAGGAGGCGGAGAGGACGAAGUUGGAGAUGGAGCGGUUGAGGGAGGAAGAAGCUGAAGUAGAGCAACAAACCACGUCACCAGCCACAGAACACUUGACUGAAAUGUCAAUCGGCACAGACGGCAUGUUUAUUUGCACAUUUGUCAUUGCAUUCCUCUUCAACUGGAUUGGAUUCUUGCUGUCUCUGUGUAUCUCGAACACGGUCGCCGGACGAUGUGGUGCGCUGGCCGGGCUAGGUCUGUCCAUCGUCAAGUGGGUGGCCAUCGUCAAGCACAACAACUGGGCCAAGGACUUCGCAUCUGGAGAUUCCUGGGUCUGGUGGAUUCUAGUCAUUUGUGGCUUUAUGCUCUUCAUCCGAGGUUCAGUCCAGUAUGUACGAGUGAAGUACGAGUGGAACCGUUUCAAGGUUCAACUGCGACAGUAUCACCUCAUAUAGAGAGAACCCCUAUUCCACUACAGCGAUUAUGUUUUCAAGGUUCGGCUGCGACAGUAUCACCCCAUAUAGAGAGAACCCCUAUUCCACUACAGCGAUUAUGUAAAUACACCAGUAGAUGAUGGUUUAUGCUCAUUUUGCUUGUCAUGGCUGCACUUGUGUAAAAUGUAGUGAUUUUCAAAUGUAGAUAUCUUAUGUUAAAUUUGUAAUUAAUGGAAGGAGAUUUUUUGUCUUGAUUAAUCAUAAUGUGUAAUUUUAGCAAGUUUGUUUUUGGGGCACAAGUGCAUAUUUUAUAUGAACAAAUUAUGUGGUAUUGAAUACAGGUUUAUAGUAUAAAUUUUUCUCUUUAAAAUAUUGUGGGAUGCCAAUCCUAAGGUGAUUUAUGCGGGAAUAUGUUUUCUAACAUAAAUUAUACUUGAUAACAUUUUUAUAUCCUUACUAUCUUUGCUCUUACUAUACAUCACACUUUUUUUUGUAGAUGAGUUUUUGACCAAUUUGAUUUGUAAUAGUUGAACUAAUUUUGGUUUUGUGUUUUUGCCAUGUAGUUUUAUCUAUGGUGUUAAUUUUCAUGGAUUAUAUUCUGGCGACAAAAACUUAAUAAUUGAAUUAAUCUUUGCAAACUUUAGACUGAGUGUCUGGGCCUACAUUACAUUUUUAGAGUUCACUCUCGGGCUCAGAGCUAAUUUGUGUAGUGGUGGUAUUUUCAGGUAUGAAGAAAAAGAAUAUGCCAUUUUUGAAAUUUCAGAGGAGACACUUUUUAUUAUCUUAAUAUAAAUUUCCAUCUACAGUGCUGUGGGAAAAAAAGCAUGUAAUGUGGGUGUGGGUAAUUUUUGGCCUGCUUUUAUCAGAUAAAUGUUCAAGCAGGCCUGUCGUGGGCACAUCCUCUGACAUCAAAUGUGCAUUGUUAAGCAAUGCAAGAGGUUUAAGGUGGGUCAUUUGUUUCCAUGUUUGGCCUCUAGUUGUUGGGAAGUUAAUAACUAGCAUGGAUGGUGAAUCAAGGAGGCUUGGCAGGGUUUUGACGGUCACUAUUGGUAGGACACAUUCAGGCUUGCAUAUUCACACUUCUCAACUAUCAUAAUUUGUACCCUGUCUUCUUUUUCUGGGUUUAAAAAAAAAAAAAUAUAUAUGUAGUUCUGUAUUUGGAAAGUGUCCAUCUUAAGAAAUAUGAAAUUACUAAAUAUAGUAUGGAAAAUAUCCAUGUACACUUGUGCUUUGUAAAUUGGUAUUUUGAUGCUUUUAUUGAUUUAAGAAAUCAAUUUUAAAAUUUGUUUAAUUCAGUUUUACUAUCGUGCAUUAUUGUACAUUAAUAAAUAUUGUGUAUUUUUGAUCAGAUGAUUGUAUUGUUGCUAGUGUCUGUUUGGUGAAUAAUUACAAUACUCUUGUUGUGUUCAUUUUAAUUGUUAGUAAAUGUGUUGUUGGCUUGAACGGAGGGUGGAUGCUGAAUUAAUCAGUUACAUGUGCCGAAAUUAAAGAUGUAAACAAAUACAUUGGAACGAAAAUGGCAUCAUUUAUUUUAUUAAUUUAUUCCUAUGGUGUGGUAGGAUAUGUAGUAUAGUAAGGUUUUCAAAUUUCUAAUAGAUAGGGGGAAAAGACGAUUUUUAAAAAACAUUGUUUUCAAUAAUAGAUCAUGCUUUUUAAAAAAAACAUUCUUUUACUUAAACAUGGAUAAGUCAUUAUUACCCUUAUUUUCUCUCUCUCUUUUAAAUUAGUAAUGAGAUUCCAUAUAUAUUUGUAUGGUGGCUGGUCUGUACUUCAUGUAAUAAGACUGGUACACAACUAAAAUACACACAUGUUUAAAGGUAUAUAUUUUUUAGCACGCCUAAGGUCACAAUGUAGUAGCUUAACAGAGGUUAAUAAUGUUAGGUUGUCCUUGGCUGAAACAUUUACAAGUUUGUGCACUGCAGAUGGUGUCUUGUGUUUUCUUGUGGAAUUGUAACUGAAGUGAGUUAAAUCCGGUGUUUGCGCAGUGAAUUAAGAUAUGUUUGUAAGUACAGAGGUUGAAGUUAAAUUUUGUGUCACUAUGAACUGUAGAGGUCGGUUGAUAUUUAUGAGGUCCAGUUUGAUAUGUCCGGUUUAACAUAUUGAAGGUAACAAUUUCUAGGGAAUGCUUUUCAGUCGCACAUUAAUUCUCCUGAUAACCAACAUGAACAUUAAGAAACUCGCUGGUCUGGUUUGUGCACUUGACAUUAAACUAGUAGUAACAAUAUCAGCAGGUGCUCAUUACAACCUGCAUAAUGAACAUUGCCCUUAAUAAGAACUCAUAAUACCUCUGUUUGGCUAUAACAUUAAUUAGUCUCUUCAGUUAUUUAAGUGAUGCUGUUUAUUUAUUGCAUAGGAGUACCAUUAACAUGUUUUACUCGCUGUGCAGUAUUGUUAGCAUUUACAGUUACAUGUCAUUUAUAACCAUUUUAUAACUGUUCUUUAGCAGUCCUGUUGUCAGUAUGCACUAGAUCAUUUGUAACUCUUGGUUUCUGUAUUCAUUGACUCUGCUCAGAGAAUACAAGUCUGUCAUCUUGAUAUUUCUAAAUUAUACAAAAUGAGAGGUAGCUCUUUUUAUUACUGGCAGAUAAUGGCAAAUUUAACUAACUUUAUAAAGCAAUGUCUAGUAUAUAAAAUACAUUUUAAAUGUUUAAUAAUUAGUACUGUCAUUUUGAUUUAGUAUUCUGAACCAAUAUUUGGUAUGCUCAUGCAAUAUACUCUAAGGUAUCUGCUAGUAAUUUUGAGCAGUUUAGUGAAAUAUUACAAAUUAAUUGUUUUUUCUUUUAACCAGAGUAAUUAUUGUGAUGACAGUUUAGAAUGAACUUGUUUUUAAUAAAUUUAUUCUAAAAUAAUAUCUUUUAAAAAAAUCAUUUUCAAUUGAAUAAAAUGAAGGAAAAAAAUUGGUGCUUUUAAAUGUUUUAUUUUUUAUUAAAUAAAAAACUUAUUAAAAUCAAAUGAAAAUGUGAUUAGCCAUAAAAGUAAAAAAACAAACCAUAGGGUACAUGUAGGGGGUAUUUCAGAAAUUACUAUUUUAGAAAUAUUUUCUGUCACAUUGUUUCUUCCAUUUGUUUAUAUAUGUACCGUAUAUUGUUUUUUGAAGGAAAAUGAUAAAUGUUAAAAAUAAAUAAAUAAAUAAUGGAAUGAUGUAGCAUUUUAUUUAUUCCUUUAUUUGGUAUUGUUAUUUGAAUAAAAGGUUGUUGAAAUUU